GUGGGGGGUUGGGGGGUCGCGUCCAAACCCUCAGACCUGUCCUGUAGCCACCUCUCCCGAUAUAGGGCGCCUCAGCGCUAGCGCUUCCCUUCCCUGAAAACGCUCCCUGUAUAAUGUCUGAGAAUGUCCAUUUCUGGGACGCUUAGCAGUUAUUAUGUUGACUCGAUCAUAAGUCACGAGAGUGAAGACGCGCCUCCAGCCAAGUUUCCUUCCGGCCAAUACACGAGUCCUCGCCAAGCCGGCCACGCGGAGCAUCUCGAAUUCCCCUCCUGUAGUUUCCAGCCCAAAGCUCCUGUCUUCAGCGCCUCGUGGACACCUCUGAGCCCUCACUCGUCGGGGAGUCUCCCUUCUGUCUACCACCCGUAUAUCCAACACCAGAGCGUCCCGCCUUCGGAGAGCAGGUAUCUCCGCACCUGGUUGGAGCCCGUGCCCAGGAGCGAGGGGGGGCCCGGGCAGCCCCUGGUGAAAGCCGAGCCGCUGCUGGGGGGCUCAGGGGAGCUCCUUAAGCAGGGCACCCCGGAGUACAAUUUAGAAACUUCGUCCGGAAGGGAAGCUAUCCUAUCUAAUCAAAGACCCGGCUACGGAGACAAUAAACUUUGUGAAGGAAGCGAAGACAAAGAGAGGCCUGAUCAAACCAACCCCUCUGCCAACUGGUUGCAUGCCCGCUCCUCCAGGAAAAAGCGAUGCCCCUACACCAAAUACCAGACGCUGGAAUUAGAGAAGGAGUUUCUGUUCAAUAUGUACCUCACCAGGGACCGUAGGCACGAGGUGGCCAGACUCCUCAACUUGAGUGAGAGACAAGUCAAAAUCUGGUUUCAGAACCGGCGGAUGAAAAUGAAGAAAAUGAAUAAGGAACAAGGCAAAGAAUAGACAGCUCGACCCUCCCCCACCCCCUUCUCACGCCCUCACUAACCCUCUCACUUCCAUCGAAUCUUAUUUAUAAGCGAUGGUCGCAACACAAUGCUACCAGGGUUCCAACCAAGUAAUCGAGGAGGGGGUCCCUCUCGGUCUACCGCAGACUUUUUCUGUGCCCAAAGCCUGGUUUAGCACUUCUCCUCCUCCUUUAGGUUCCCCGGCUUCCUAGCUGAAGCUGCUUUAGGGAACUCCAGAAUGAGAAGUAGAAGUGGGGAUGGAGCUGGGUAGUUGGUUUAGAAAGUAGGUGUAAUCUCUUCAGAUCCUCUUAACAGAUGGGAAACUAUGUCCCAUAUCAGUCUGGCCGCCUCUCUCCGUCCUUCUAAGUGGGUUAGGACAGGCAUUUUGGUGGCCACGCAGAAAACCACCCUUGGAGAUCCUUUAACACAUAACCCUGAUAAAUACCUGGAUAAUACACGGGCGAACACCGCAUGAAACCCCGACCACACUGUUAGGACCUCGGGCUACUCACACACAAGUCCAUACUGUUCACGCACAAAACACACACAUCUACAUACUCACCUAUACAUACCUGAACCAGCUUCCAUCAAAUUAAACACAAGUAGGCAUAGGGACAUAAGCUUCGCCGGAUCUCCCUUCGGGAUACAGUUCCGUACCCGAGUUCGGUGCAAAAGCUUCUCCCCCGCCCCCAUACAUAUUAGGUGUUGUUCUUAGAAUCGAAGGCUCGUUCACUUCAUACUUGCUCACAGUAGAUCCGCACGUUUAUUCGAAUAAGCACAUAUACCCACCAGAAACCGCUGCCCAGAGCUUGAAGUUGGAUUGGCGAGGAGAAGAGCAAAGUGGGUCUUAUCUGAAUUCACUGUCUCCAGGUCCUCCCAUCUAGCACCCUGACAGACUCUUUUUAUGCUGAAGACAGGCCAACUACCCGCUCCUUUCUUUUCGGCUUCUUCUUCCCCCAUGUCUCCAUUUUUGUUCAGUUCUGUGUUGCGAAAUGACAGACCCUGCAGCCUUCCCAACUCAGAGCACUUCCCCCAGGCCCCAAACCUUGGAGUUCAGUCCCAGCCCGGACAAGCCGUCUAAUUAAUACCUUGGAGAGUAAAUCCAGCUCCUUCCAACCACUUCACCCGGCGUUCUAUUCACCGAGACAAGGCUGGGAGACGCCGAUUUGUAAUUUAUUGUGAAUCGAUUCCCUCCUCGGCUCCCUUCCAAGAGGAACUGUGAGUAACAGAACUGAGUUUGCGACUCCAGGAAGGAUCCUGGGAGCUCUUCUCCUUUUCCUUCAUACCGCUCAGUUUCUGGUCCAACAUGUCCGUAAAAAGCCGGUGGAAUCCGAGGACUCCCGAAGUUUCCUCUCGAAAGGGAAUGGUCCGAUCAGUUGUGUCCCAUCUCAUUCUGGAAAAUGAAUCCUGGGACCCUCUGGACGCGGCAGAGAAUCCGGACUUGAUCCGGGGCUUGGAACCACCAAUGUACCAGGGCGCUUUCCCCGGGCCUAGACCUGGGUGGAAAGAAUGAAUGGAAAUCUUCAGAAAGACAAACUGACACUUUCUUUCCCUCCCUCGUCCAUCCUUCCCCAUGCCCCUAUCCCCCAAACCAGGUUUUGGAGGAACCAUCUCUCCUAGUCCCCCGGCUGCUUGGAGGGGGAACUCACUUAGAACUUUUUGCUAUGUCGGUGGGUGUUGUAAUGUGUCAGUGUUUGUGCUUUUUUGGGGGGUGACUGUGCCUCCUGAUUCAGUUGCCACUUAUUUUGGGGAGGGGGGAGGGGGACAAACGGGAAAGGGGGUAAGCGCAGUGCUCAGAUUGUUCGUUUUGGAAGAAAAAAGAGGAACCUCCCCCUAAAAAUUAUAUAUCUCAAAAUAAAUCUCUCUUUUGCGUGCAUCUCUUGUGUCUCUUCU